AUGGUGACACGAAUCAGUGGUGUGCUGAGGACGAGCGAUUCAACUGGCAGUGUCGCGUCAAACGGCAGCGGACCUGAACCGGCAGCAUCAUCAUCUCAACCUAGCAGUCCACAGCACCCUACACAAGAGGUACCGACCACCACUACAACAUCCAACUACCUUCACAUCCUUAACUCACAUACACCGCCAACCACUACUACCCUCGCUGCCGCUGCUGCUUUUAUUGUUGAAAAUGUGUUAAGUACCCUAUGUUUCUUCCGUUUUGCCCUGAUCACAGCCUAUUAG